GCAACCGGCCGCUUUCCCGACCGUCCACACAAACCCCCUACCCCUCCCCUCCCGGAUCUGACGGACGGCGGCAGCGGAUAGCGCGCGAAGCCGACUGAAAAGGCCAGCAGUACGGCGCAAGCCACCUUAUCUUGGUGGAGUGUCUUCCAGCCACAUCGGGAGCGCGCGCGCGCCAUGGCCAUGACCACCGCCACGCUGCUCCCGAGGCCCGUCAGCGGCCCGCCCAGCCUCUCCUCCUCCUCUUCGUUGGCAUCUUCCUCGGCCGCUCACAGGAGGAGCCGCCCUGCCGUCGUCAGAUGCCAAUCGCCCGGCGUCGACAAAACCAAGCCCAAGAGGAGCUUGUUCGACAACGCAAGCAACGUUCUCACCAAUUUGCUCGCUGGCGGCAGCCUCAGGAACAUGCCGGUCGCUGAAGGUGCUGUCACUGAUCUGUUCGACCGGCCCCUUUUCUAUUCGCUCUAUGAUUGGUUCCUUGAGCAUGGUUCUGUCUACAAACUUGCUUUUGGACCCAAAUCAUUUGUCGUCGUCUCUGAUCCUAUUGUUGCUAGAUACAUCCUCCGAGAGAAUGCUUUCUGUUAUGACAAGGGAGUUCUCGCUGAAAUUCUAGAACCAAUAAUGGGGAAGGGUCUUAUACCUGCUGAUCUUAAUACCUGGAAGCAAAGGAGAAAAGUUAUAACACCUGGGUUCCAUGCCUUAUUCAUCGAAGCUAUGGUGAGAGUAUUUACCAAAUGUUCAGACAGAACAAUAUUGAAACUGGAAGAACUUACUGAAAAGGGAGACCAUGGAGACAAAUCUGCUAUAGUGAACCUCGAGGAGGAAUUCUCCAAUUUGGCUCUUGACAUAAUUGGUUUGGGAGUUUUCAAUUUUGAUUUUGACUCUGUUAAUAAGGAAUCUCCUGUGAUCAAGGCAGUAUAUGGAACUCUUUUUGAAGCUGAGCAUCGAUCCACCUUUUACAUCCCUUAUUGGAAUCUUCCUUUAACCAAAUGGAUAGUUCCAAGACAGCGGAAGUUCCACAGUGACCUCAAGGUUAUCAAUGAUUGUCUUGAUAAUCUUAUUAAAAAUGCAAAAGAGACGAGACAGGAAGCUGAUGUGGAAAAGCUCCAGCAGAGAGACUACUCAUCGUUGAAGGAUGCUAGCUUGCUAAGGUUCCUUGUUGACAUGCGGGGAGCUGAUGUUGAUGAUCGCCAGCUUCGAGAUGAUCUUAUGACAAUGCUUAUCGCUGGACAUGAAACAACUGCGGCUGUUCUGACAUGGUCUGUUUUUCUACUGGCCCAGAAUCCAACCAAGAUGAGAAAAGCCCAGGCAGAGAUUGAUUCUGUACUCGACAAUGGGCCAAUUACAUCAGACAAGCUGAAGAAAUUGGAGUACAUAAGAUUGAUAAUUGUUGAAUCGCUUCGCUUGUAUCCUCAACCGCCACUGUUGAUCAGGCGAGCUCUCCGACCAGAUAAAUUGCCAGGUGGGUACAAUGGAGCAAAAGAGGGAUAUGAAAUACCAGCUGGAACCGAUAUAUUUCUUUCGAUAUAUAAUCUCCAUAGAUCUCCAUACUUUUGGGAUCGGCCAAAUGAGUUUGAGCCAGAGAGGUUUACAGUUCCAAAGAUGGAUGAGAACAUAGAAGGCUGGUCUGGGUUUGAUCCUGGCCGGAGUCCUGGGGCGAUGUAUCCCAACGAGAUUAUAGCAGACUUCGCUUUCCUUCCCUUUGGUGGAGGACCCCGCAAAUGUGUGGGAGACCAAUUCGCACUCCUCGAGUCGACAGUAGCCCUGGCCAUGCUGCUGGGAAAGUUCGAUGUGGAGCUGCGAGGCUCACCCGAUGAAGUAGAGAUGGUGACGGGCGCGACGAUUCACACGAAGAACGGGCUAUGGUGCAGGCUGAUGAAAAGGACCUGACCUGAUCAAGCAGCUUUGCACCCAAAAAUAGCUUUGCUUAUUCUUGACUUCUCACACCACAUGCAUAUGCUUUAGCCCGGGUAAAGCAGGUUCAUUUUGUAGAUGUUAACAUCUCUUGGUAGCUUCAGGGGCAUCAAUUCUAUGCACCACCAUCCAUCAUCUGAGAUACGGGUGCAAAUGCAUGCAUGCACCUGAGCAAAACUCACAGUGCACUCCGUGCCAAAUUGACCAGAUUAUGUGAUGGAGAAGGUCCACUGUAUAUGCCUCGCCUAGGUGUCCGGUUUCUUGUGAACUCAGAUAACCAGUUCUGUGCUGUGGCGUCGUGCCAUUGGAUGGUUCUUGCCAUGGAAAUAAAGUUAGGUUUCAGUCAUGCUGGUGUGCCGUGUUGCAGUAGGAUGCAUGCUGUGCAGGAAACAAGAAGCCCACAGAAUUGAAACCAAACAAAUCCAUGCUGAUAGCGAUGUGGUAAGUAAGCUACUCCUGCUUUUCGUUCA